ACGUUGCCCUCCGCCCAUGGGGGCGUGGCCAAAGGGGGCGUGGCCAAAAGGGGGCACGGCGCAUGCGCCUUGCGGACAUCCGCCGUCCCGCCAAGCAAAGAUGGAGGAAUACGCGCGGGAGCCGUGUCCCUGGAGGAUCGUAGAUGACUGCGGAGGUGCCUUCACCAUGGGAGCGAUAGGAGGUGGCAUUUUCCAGGCCAUCAAGGGCUUCAGGAAUUCCCCAGUGGGUGUAAACCACCGACUGCGGGGAAGCCUGGCAGCUAUUAAAACCAGAGCUCCACAACUGGGAGGUAGCUUUGCUGUCUGGGGAGGUCUGUUCUCCAUGAUCGACUGCAGCAUGGUCAGAAUGAGGGGGAAAGAAGAUCCAUGGAAUUCAAUCACAAGCGGAGCCCUAACUGGAGCCAUCUUAGCUGCCAGAAAUGGACCUGUUGCCAUGGUUGGAUCCGCUGCAAUGGGAGGAAUUCUCCUGGCUUUAAUUGAAGGAGCUGGCAUUCUCUUAACAAGAUUUGCCUCUGCACAGUUUCAGAACGGCCCUCAGUUCUCAGAUGACCCCUCCCAGCUGCAGCCCUCUCCAUUUGGCGACUACAGACAAUACCAGUGAUCACCCUCGUUCUGUUAGCUCCUAUUGUAGCUGAGCUGUAAUUUAAAAUGCUGGAGGAUCAGGAUGUGGUAUGUCUUUACACCAGUGGUAGUCUCUUACCCAAACCAUGCCAAGAGGACCUUCAGCACUUGGCAGUGUAAAACUGCACAGAACUUUUAGAAGAUGACAGAUCUAUUUAUUGGUAACAGAUUCCAUUGCUGUAACGUUAAUACAUGUCUGACAGAAUACAUGGAGAUUUAAGAUAAGGACCAAAUGGAGUCUUGUAAUCCUUUGGCCACGGGCUAAAGUGAAUGUCUGUGAAGUCUUCUCUGGGGUGUGGCGUUAACCAUUCCACAUCUGGAAUUCACCCUCUCCCUGUUUGGAUUUAAGUUGCUAUGCAAAAUUUGGGUUUAUGUAUACACAAAUUUCAGCUUAAGGGGAAAUGUUAAUGUACGUGCAGGUUUACAUUCCAGAAGUGAGUGUUACGGGCCAGUGAAAGCUUGAAGGCUCUGUGUGGUUGGAAAACGCAUUGCACUGCACCUGCAUGUGUGCUUUCAGCACAGUCUGUUGGCUUUUUGCUGUGGAUUGAGCCCUCUGGUGCUCUGAAGGCAGCACAGUUCUCUUGGCUCUGUGUUUUUGUUCUUUAACUCCAAUUCUGAAGGCACGUUCCCUCUUGUCAGCAGCUAAAAAGAAACCAUAUUCAGUAGGGUUUUCUGUUGUAGGUCUUUCCUAAUAGGUGUAUUGUAUCAGGAAGUGCCAGCAGGUGAGAGCAUUCAAAGGCUUGUGUAGCAUUCAUUAUCCAGGACAGCUCAGAGCUUUUCUUCUACCCAGAAUUGAUCUCCAUACUGUCAGUAGGAGAGCAUGAAUGUAACACAGAAGUGCUCAAAUGGCUCAAUUAAGAUUGUACAAUGUGUGUAUGCAAGCAAGAUCCUGACCAUAAGGUUCCUAUGUCCCAUAGAAGAUUUCCUCACCUGUUUCCACCACUUUGCCUGUCCUGCGGCCACUCCAGGACUGUUUGCUGCUCUGCUUCCUUGCUGUUCAGUGUUGUUGCUGCUGGUGUGUCAUUUUUAAGCAUCUUUAGCACAACAGCCUUGUGUUUGUGAAGGCUUGUCUCGCUUUGCCUCUUACGUGGUUGCUGAGGUGAAUUGUAAAGGAUUGACUUGGUUUGUUACUCA